AUGUGGUAUCUUAAUACAUUUGUAUUACUCGUCGUACUUGGGCCAUCUUUUCAAACGUCCACCCCCGCAGAUGAUCACUACGUAGCAGCUGUAGUCGAGUACAGAGUCAAUAGAAGUAGUGUAGAAACCAACAGAGAUAACUAUGUGGUCCUUAUACAGCAAGCCGCACAACAGAAUGCAGACGUGAUUGUAUUCCCGGAGAUGACACUUGGUGUUGGCUCAACUAAUGUCACAGUCCCUAUCCGUGGUCUACUGCAAGAGUAUCCCAUACCAGCACUGAGACCAGAUCUUUACGAUGAUUUACUUGUGGCGCUGUCGCAAGCGUCGCGACAAAACCAGAUUUACGUGGUGAUAAACAUUCGCGAGAAUAUGAACUGUAUACAACCGCUAGAAGGCGAGGAAUGUCCGGAGCAGAAACAGUAUUAUUUUAACACUAACGUUGUAUUUGACAGGAAUGGCGCAGUUAUAGACAGAUACCGAAAGAUUAACCUAUUUGGUGAAGCCAGCCACACACCUGCGUUGAAACCUGAUCUUGGAAUAUUCACAACCGACUUUGGCGUCACUUUCGGUCACUUCAUCUGCUUCGACUUGAUGUUUCAAAUUCCCUCCACUCAACUCGUCCAGAAGUAUAAUGUCACAGAUAUUAUCUUUCCUACAAUGUGGUUCUCGGAGAUGCCCUAUUUGACUGCCGUUACAAUUCAAGAAUCUUAUGCAUAUACAAUGGAUGUCAAUUUCUUGGCGGCUGGUGCCAAUAACGUUGGCGUUGGAAGUGCUGGCUCCGGGAUAUAUUCCGGCAAAGCGGGUGCGUUGGCAGCCAUCAUGCCAGGAUCACCUACGACGAAGCUGCUUGUAUCGAGAGUUCCGAAAAUACCAGGAAAAGUAACUGAAACUCCUUCCGGUCGAAUAACUGACAGCCCCGCGAACCUUGACAAUCUGAGAUUGAAACAAGAUCCUUCUAUCACCGCACACCUCACCAGACCUCUAGUAGAAGGAUUGCAGGAAUUUACCAUUGUGGAUAAAGAAGUCUCUUGCAGAUUCAGGGUUAAUCUUAGCAAUAGAAGCAAUACGAAAUACCAAUAUAGAGCGGCGGCAUUUAGCGGGGUAAGGACUCACAGUGGAUUUGCAAGUACUGGAUCUCGUAUCUGCGCCAUUUUAGCUUGCAACGGAGAUACUAAAGACACCUGUGCAAUAAGAUUCGAGACCUACACAGAAAACUCCACGGCUAUUUUCGAAGAGCUCACAAUUGUGGGCAGUAUGCCUACAUCGGUCAUCAUGCCAGAAUUCGGUGCUGACGAUUUUGUCGUCUUUCCUGUCUCCGAGACGGUCUCCAUCAUGCCUCUGGAAGUCCCGGACUUCACUUACUAUAAGAACGUUACAGGCAAUGUUACCGUUCACACUUUAUCCUUGGAUAACGUUUCAGCAGAAUUGUAUAUGUUUGGGCUAUGGGGGAGGCUGUUCACGACCGAUGGAGAAGACCCUCAUCCUUCUGUAGAUGAUCCUUCUUCUUCUAUAGUUCACAUAUUGAGUCGAAGUUUGUUAAUGUGUAUUCUAGCAAUGUUCGCAUUCAACCAGUAUUAG